AUGUCAAGCAAAGAAGCUAUGAGAAGUGCUUUCUUUCAGGAAAAAUAUAAGAAUGCUACUCCUUUAUAUGAUGUAGCCAAUGGACAAGAAGAAUUUGAUUGCGGGCAUAGUCGUAAAAAUAUGGUUGAGGUUGCUGCGGUCUGUGAAAUUGUUGCAAGCCUUUACAGAGAUGGUAAAGAUGAUGUGAUAAUUAAUAUUAUCUCCAGAGUCAGAUGUAAUGAGAAAGGAUAUGUAGGUUUCAUAUCCAAUCCCCAAAGAGCAAACGUGAUGCUAACGCGUGCAAGAAACGCAAAUGUUUUUAUAAUGCUGAUGAGGACAAGAACUUGGCUUAGGCCAUUGCAGCUGCCCUCAUGGAGCUUGGCCAACUUCAUAUUCCACUUGAUUCCGAUUCUCUGCUGUUCAAAAAUGCCAAAUGGAAGGUGUGCUGCUACGUUUCCUUUCCGUUUGAAUUAUGUUGGACUGCUGUUCUGCAUGCCACCAAUAUGUAGUGUUAUGUUGCACCUGACAUUAUGA